ACUGCGUCCCUGCGGGCGGACCGCGGAGAAGACGACUCGGCCGGCGGCGGCUGCUCCUCUCGCCUGCGAGGGCGGAGCGGGGCGCGGGGGGAAGAUGCUGCAGCCCCGGCGCUGAGGCCGUGGGCUCCGCGCGGGCCGCUGCCGGAGGGGUCCCCGCGACGGCCUUCCCUCGGGAGCGCCGCGCCCGUCGGGAAGGAGAAGAGCGGGCCGGUGCACCCGGGCCGACCCUCCCGCGCCAGUUCGCGCCAGCGCCUCGCCUCUUCCCGGGGCGCGAGCAGCCCCUGCCCCGGUUGCUCCCCUUGCGGAGGCGGCCCGGCGACGGGACCUCGCCGAGGAGCAGGUCAGCGCCCCGCGACGCCCGCAAGCGCUUGCUCCGCCCAGGCGUAUGGCUCACGGUGGGCGCUCGGAAAUGUGCAGGGGCCUGAGGGUCGCUGCCUCGGACCCUUGAUCGGCAGCUCAAGCCAAACGAGCCCACGGGAGCGCUUUGGAAAAGUGAUGUGUUCGGGAAGAUCUGCACAUGCCUGAGGAGUUCUGGGAGAUGGUCACCAGAAGCAGCUGAGAAGUCAGGCUUCAACUGACAAGUUCAAGAGAGUGGCCUGCAAUUUGAAAUGGUGGGAAUAAUCUACAUAUGCCUGAGGAAUUCUGGGAAGUGAGAGGGGGUCACUGCAAGCAGCAGAGAAGUCAGGCUUCAGUUGACCAGCUGAAGACAGCAGCCUGCAUCAAUAAAUCUACAUAUUUCCCUUAUUCUUUACUAUAUAAGGGAUGGAAAAGAUUCUGAAGUGGUAGUGACUUGUAAAGUAUGUGCAAUAUUUGUGUUCUUCCUUGAGCCUAACAUGGUGUAUACUUGUAAUAAAUAUAACCUGGUUGCACUAUUCGAAGAAAAAGUGAGCAUAUUUGAGCAAUGUGUAUUUGCCCACCAAGGAAUAAGAGAAAGUGAAGAGUUCUUGGACAGCAAGAAGCACAAGAGAUGGAAGAGCAACAGCAGGUUGAAGCAGAAAUGGAGAAUGCUGCGCUGAGGAAAGCCAAUGAAGAGGAAACUCACUGGAGAAGGAUGAGAGUUUGGAGCAGAAGAAUCGGAAGACACUCUGCUCCAGUUGAACCACUAGAGCUCAGUAACUGCUUUCAGCCACUUGAACAUGAGAUCAGUGGACAGACUGCAGAGAAAGAAUUGCAAGGGAACCUGUGCAGUAGGAGGUAGGAUGCAGAAAGACGAUAGACCAAGGAAAGAAAGGAAAGGGGAGAUGUCGUGCUGCAUGAGAUUGAAACCCAAGUGUGUUGUGAUGACCCAUGGACUCGCCAGGUGGGCCCAAUGAGAAUAAUGUUCAGCAUCAACCCUUUGGAGAACCUCAAGGUGUAUAUCAGCAGCCGCCCACCACUUGUGGUGUUUAUGAUCAGUGUGAGCGCAAUGGCCAUUGCCUUCCUGACCCUGGGUUAUUUCUUUAAAAUCAAAGAGAUCAAGUCACCUGAAAUGAUGGAGGACUGGAACACUUUUCUUCUGAGGUUUAAUGAUUUGGACUUGUGUAUUUCGGAGAAUGAAACAUUGAAGCACCUCAUAAAUGACACCACAACUCCAGAAAGUGCAAUGAGCAGCAGCAUCCACUCCCGUCCCUCCACGCUGGCGCCUCAGAUGCUGGAGGACUCUGGCCCUGUCAACAUCUCAGUGGUCAUCACUUUAACGCUGGACCCACUCAAGCCCUUUGGAGGCUUUUCUCGGAAUGUCACUCACUUGUGUUCCACCAUAUUUGGGCACCAGAUUGGACUCUCAGGCAGAGAAGCUCAUGAGGAGAUCAAUAUAACCUUCACAUUGCCUGCAGCCUGGAAUGCCGAUGACUGUCUUCUGCACAACCAUUGUGAUCAAGUUGUCUUCACAGCCUGCAUGACAGUUACAGCAGCCCCCACAGUCUUUCCUGUCACCGUCCAGCCACCACACUGUGUUCCGGAAACCUAUGUUAAUGCAACCUUCUGGUACAAGAUCUUCACGACUGCAAGAGACUCCAACACAAAAUAUGCCCAGGACUACAACCCAUUCUGGUGUUACAAAGGAGCUGUUGGGAAAGUUUACCAUGCAUUAAACCCCAAACUAACAGUUAUCGUCCCAGAUGAUGACCGCUCUCUCAUCAACCUGCAUUUAAUGCACACCAGUUACUUUCUCUUUGUGAUGGUCAUCACCAUGUUCUGUUAUGCAGUCAUCAAAGGCAGACCCAUCAAAUUGCGGCAAAGCAACUCAGAUUUCUGUCCUGAAAAGGUUGCUUUCUCAGAACCAUGAACCAUAGCCGCCUUCCUCUGAAAGUGACCAAUUCUGCAAUUGUUGCCUGCUGAAUCCAGAACAGGGCCCUGAUUCAUUAUGAAUUCAUUAUUUUGUAAAGUUGGAUUAUUCCAACCAAAGACAUUUGAAGUGCCUGUAAUGGUUAUUUAUAUAAGGAGUAUAACUCCCAACAGGUUAAGCCAAUGCAACCUGGACUGCUUGGAAUCCUUUUUCCUGUUUGUGAACAGUUCUGUGAUAGUAUGACUCUAUAACAGAUUUUUCUUUUCCUUUGGGUAAGCUGGGGUAGGGUGGAGCUGUCUUGCUGCAUUAUGACAUAACAGAUGCCUUUUGCGGUGUCUCAGAAAAGCACCUUUUUUUCUCCGAGGCCAGUUCAGUGAGUUCAAGUGGUGUGUCCCCUGCUAUGACACAGCAACUCCAAAGAUGUGGGUAUGCUUCAUCAAUACAGUUUGUAUGCAUGUACACACAUCUGCACAUGUGUGUAUGUGAGCCGGGGUGGGAGAUCACGUCUGCCUUCCCAUUUGUUCCUCAUUUGCAAAAAGAUGGCCUACAUUUCCAGAUUUGUUUUUAAAAACAACCCAGAUUUUAGCUAGGAAAAAUAACAUGCUUGUAAUUUUAGAUUAAGGAAAGCAAGAGAGGUGAUUUCUCAUAUUUUUACUAGCUGUAGCUGGCAGACUUUGCACCAGGUCUGUCUUGGGCUGUUGCAACAAGACAGUUCUUCAUGCUAGUCUGCAUAUGUGGAUCAAGGGAAUGCUGUGGCAUUCCUGAGACUGGACCAUUUCUGACUGUUCUGGGGUUUGUAUCCUUUGUCUACGUGAAAAUGCUCCAGGCCACUGAAAACUUGCAUUUUGCAAAGUGGUACAAGGUUGACUUUUGACUUACCCUCUGACAUAUUGGUUUUUGAUAGACAGUAUUUAUUUAUUUUUAAUGUGAGGGAAGAGUCUGGAAAGGUCUGCAUGUGCAGGUUGGCUUUGACGUUGGGGACCGUAAUGAGGCAGCCACUGUCACGACACGGUUGGGCAGAUUUGUCCCCUUGAUUCACACUUAGGUGUUCGUCAUAUCUAGUGUCUGUAUGAGAGAGGAUGGCCCAUCUGUUCUUAUUGGGGAGGUAAGCUUUUUUUGGGGGGGAUGCUUUCUGCCAGGCUCCAGGCUCUUCACCCCCCCUUGCUCCUUGGACUCCUUUUUAAAUGACACAACUUCUUUGGUGUCCUUCCCUAUUACCUACUUUCACAAUAUUCUUCAGUUUCACUCAUCAAGAAGAGUAGGAAUUCCAGGACACCUUUUUGUCAUAGCUUGAAAUUGAAGAAACUCUUGCUAGCCUUCACAACCUCCUCCCCACACAGUCACCUGCCCAAGAGCAGCAGCAACAUCUCUGUAAUGCACCCAGUUCCUCUACUCUUUCUCCUAGAAUGACUCCCACAAGAGUUAAGAAUGGCUUUCUUGGCAUUUGCACAAAGUAGCACAACAUGUGGUCUUCUUUCAUUGAAAGAGUUCCUUUAUUUACUUGGUGUCUCAUCAUGUCACCGAGCUGAAGAUUUUCUCCUGGUCCUCGCAUUGAGCAAAGCCAUUUCUUUGAAGAAAAAGUUCAUCAACGUGCAGUUUUAAAUUGAUCUGUUUGGUCUGUUCUAGCCAAGAACAACUACUGUAGAACUGGUUUGGGCAGGGAGGUGAGGGUGGACGAGGCAUCUUGCGAAAGUUAAAGCACAUCCAGGGAGGGGGGUAUAAUAGAAUAUUGCAGUGGUUGCUCAGAUCAUAUUGAUCUUGCCUUUUUUCUUUUUCUAGUUUUGCUAUUACUUGAAUCGGUUUUGAUUCUGUUUGUGUUUUCUUGUUAGAACUCUGCUAUUUCUGUUGAGUUCUUCUCUGGCAAUGUAUCAUGGUUCAUGACAUCCAUACCACCCCUCACCUGUGAUUUCCUAGAGUUAAGAUGGUGUUUCACUUGCUUCUGGGCCUUGAUGGUCAGUAAUUGAUUUGUUAAUGACAUUUCUCUCCUAGGCUAAUUUUUUGUGUUUGUUUUUGUGCAAAUUGCUUUGCUAAAUAAAGUUUAUUACUAUCAGUCCCAUUGAGAA